AGUUUGUUAUGAUGAUAAUUUCUGUGAUCUACAAUACGUUCGCUUUUAGGAUCAAGGAAAAAUAGUUUCCACUCUUUAUUUUAUAAAAAAACGAUUUAGGAUAUUUUCUUAUACAAUUUACUUCCGCUACAUAAAACCUUUCUUCAAAAUAAACCAUAGAUACAUUAGUUUAUCAAUUUAAUCAAAAUAUGAUAAGUGGUCUAUUGUUAUUGAUAAAAAUCUUCUAAAAAUAUAGUCGAAAUAUUAAAACAGUACCAAAAUGCAGUUUUUAUUGGAAUAGUGUUAUAAAUAUUCAUUUAAAUAUUUCGCGCCAUAGUUCAAAUCUGGAUUAUAUACAUCCCUCAAUCGUUCGCGAAUCCCUUGCUACGCCAUUCCCCCUAUAAUUCAAUAUUAGGGUGAAUAGUAAAAGGGUGAAGGGAAAGGGUAGUGAAUUAUUUCAAGUGAAUUGAAUGACGUUCUCCAAAAUAAACCGCAUAGGAUCAUAAACGUAUAUAUGAUGUCACAUUAUGAACUUUCCAUCAUUUGGAGGCCAUUUUGCUACAGCUCUACCGACUAUUCAUCAAUUUGCAGCAAAAUUGACUCAAGGAAAUGUUUCGACAUCUUUGUGUCCCCCAUCAGAAACUAAUCAAAGAUACACCGCCAAUGGAAUACCAACCUUCACCCAACACCAUCAUGCCAAUCCACAACAGUUACUAGGCACUGUGAAUGCCAGUAAAUUUCAAAAUAAUUAUCUCAACCAGACAAUAUAUUCACAAUCAUCAUCUAUCAAUGGACAAGAAAAAAGACAGAUUUUCGAGCCACAAGAGCUGGCACAAGAAUUGUGUGCCGUUAUGUUACAACAAAGUCAGCACCAAGAAAAACAAAAAGAUAAGAUUAAACAAUUAGAGACAAGAUCUCAACCAACUCAAAAUCAACAAAGAAUUGCUACACAACAAUCUCAAAUCAUCCAAGAUGAUAAUCAAAAUCAGAAUAAUUCUUCAACCCUCUCUUCGGCAUGGCAAUCAUUAUCAUCUCCCACUACUACUACAGUUGCCAACUAUUUAUCACAUCUUCCAACUUCUUUGAGUAUUCAUCAUUUUCUAAAAUACUCUACAGAAAAUUUUAAAAAAGAUAACAAUCAACAGUUGAAUAUUCAAAAUAAUGGUGAAGCUAAUAUUUUACAAAAUAACAAUGUGAAUCUCAAUUUGAAUACACCAAAUUUUACAUCAUCGAAUAAUUUAAAUACAGGACAAAUUCAAAAUACUGUACAAUCUAAAAAGAAGAAGAAAAAACCCGAAAAAGAACGUAAACCUAGACCAAAACCAGGUGAAAUACGUCUCACGACUGCCCUGGACGGUUCAACAUUAUACUGUUGUCCAGAGUGUCACAUGGCGUAUCCAGAAAAGGAGCUUCUAGAACAACAUUUAGUAGGUCACACAUUAGAACGCCGAUUCGUUUGUGACAUUUGUGGCGCAGGUUUAAAAAGAAAAGAUCAUUUAACUAGACACAAACAAUCGCACAAUCCCGAGAGACCGUACGUUUGUACAGUUUGUCUGAAAGCAUUCAAAAGAAAGGAACAGUUAACGUUACAUUUCGUUAUACAUUCUGGAGAAAAGAGACACAUGUGCCCAGAAUGUGGUAAGGGAUUUUACAGAAAGGAUCAUUUAAGGAAACAUACCAGAUCGCAUAUUGCUAGAAGGGUGAAAGCGGAACUCUCACAACAAAGUACAUCUCAGGCACUACAUCUCCAAGUGCCAGCUCCAACUGCUUCCAAUAAUUUAACGAUUUCCCCUUGUAUUCUUCCGUAAAAAAGCAUUAUUGCAAAAACGUACGAAAAUUCUAGUACUAAAUGUGAUGAAGAAAAGAUAUAAUUACAAAUAAUUGGCGUGGUAAUAUUUGGCUGUGAUAAUUUUAUUUAUUAUAAAAAUAGUAUAAUGUAGAUUUGAUCUACUUUAUAUUACAAAUUGUUAGAAUGUAGUUUAUUACUGGAAUCGAAAUCAAAACGAAAAUUCAAAAUUUGUUCUAUUUUUUGUUUAUGUACAUAUAUUGAGUGUAAAUACAAAGAAUAAUAUCGGAAACUCCGUUAAUGUACUUCAAGAAAUUGCGUUAUUGGUCAUUUCAAACCAAAAGGUUUAGUUUCAUCCAGCAAUACUUUCAACAUAUCUACAUAACCUAAAAAGUCUUAAAUUCAAAAACUUUGAAUGACUACCAACAUCUGAUGUCGAUGAAACUUAGCAUGUGAGGGGUGGAGGUAAUGCUAGAGAAAUUCAGAAACGCCUCCUGGAAUCAACUCCAUUAUUUUGGGCUGGUUUAGUAACCAGGAAAAGGGGAUUCUGAGCGCCGAGAUCGAGUGUUUCUAGAAUGAAAGUGUAGAUGAGGGAAUCCAAGAAAUUGAGUGAUUGAAAAUCGCAUUUACUUAACUUCAAUAUAGGAAUCUGACACGCAUACUGUUUUCGACAAUCAUAGCUCUCACAAAGAAACAAUAAAUCGGUUUACAAUUGUUUAUUCAGUUCUGGUUUUUCUCGGAAAAUGUUUCUAGAUGAGGGAGCUUGGAUUCUAAUUGAUUGAAACGAGUUUUGGAGAGCUAAUCUUCAAACCUCCCUAUUUCAGUUAAACAGUUUUUGUUGAGUAAGCGACCUUCGGAGUUACAAAGUUGAGCAUCCCCAAGAGAAUCAGUUAGAUAAAAAAAUAUCGAAUAAUUGAUUCGAAUUUAAUUAGUGGUUACCGAAAAUAUCAAUUAAUCAGCAGAUUGCACUAACCAAAAAAAAUGGGGAUUUAUUUAUUUCUGUUUAAAUAGUUUGUAUUUAUCUUCUCCAUCGCCCGGACGUGAACUAAGAAUAUUUUAUUGAAUGCAAAUAAAUAAUAUACUAAAUCAUUUAUGCAAAUUAACCAUUCAGGAGUUACUUCUCCCGCCCUUGUCCCCUUCAUUUUUUUUUAAUUUUACAGAAUGAAUUCCCAAGUAAAACAAAAAUUUUGUAUAAAAAUAUUUUUUAGUAUCUUUUUGAUAACAUAUAUCGAAUUGUGUCUUUGUUUUUAUACACAUUAAAUGUGCAUCUGUGCAUUGGUUUAAAGAUAACUUUAAUUAUAUUAAAAGUUUUAUUAAUAUUUAUACAUACACAGAAAGAACUUUGUUUUAUCACCUUGUAUAUUGUUUCAAAUCAUUAAAAAUGCUGGAUGUUUUCGCCCUUUUUCUUCAAUAAAAACAAUGCAUUUUUUCAUAAAUUCCAUUAUGUUUCUGGAACAACUAAAGAUCUGACAAUAAUGUUAUUGAAACCAGGAUAAUAAUGCAGUCUGUUCAAAAUGAUAUACGAGUUAUUUGUUGUUCACUACACAGGGAUAUAGGGCAGAUGUGUUUAGGGGAGUCCAGAAUAUGACGAUUGGGGCCAAUUUACCUCUAUAGCAAGUUGCAUCCCCGAGGAGUUAUAAGGUCUCAAGGUAGAGCUUAACAUUUUGAGUAAAAUCAAUUUUUUGCAACUCUUCAAACGAACCAUUCUAGAGGGGCCCUGUGCGAGAUGGAAUUAGGGGGGCAAAAUUUUGCAAAUUUAAGUGUUGAAUUAUAAUUAUGCAUUUUAAGCCUCUCUAGAAUACUUUUUGUCAGUGUUAUAUCUAUAUUCCUACAUUGGAGCUGUAGCUAACUUAAUCUUUAAAAUAUCACAAAAGUUUUUUCAUAUAUCAAUUGAUUCAGAAAAUUAUAUUUUCAUACCAUGGAUAAUUUAUUUUUUUCAAAAAAUUUGUCAUUCUCAAAGAAAAUUCGAAUAAGCAAAAACAUGUUUUCAACAAUGUUAUUUAAAAAAAGUCAAGAGUUCACUAUGAAUUUGUUCAUCAAAUCUGACAAUUCGAAAAUAAACAUGUCUUUGAUUUUUUUGACUCUUUCUUCAAAAUGAUAGUUUUAUGAAAAAAAAAAAUUGACAGAUACAAAAUUUUUGUGAAAUUUUCGACAUUUUAGGCUCUACAACUUGAUAUAGAGGGGAGAUUGCCCCCGAUCGUCAAAAUUUGGCUUUCCCUAUAUGUGUCCGUUCUUAAGCGGAAUACCCUGUAUAUUACAAUUUAUAACAUUGAUUUUAAUUGAAUUUAACUUUAAACCAAUCUUAUUAGAUGUUAUAUAUAUAUGCCAUAUGAGUACUAGAAUUAUAAAAAAUAGAGUUUAAGAAUGUAGAAUUUUAAGACACCCUAGUCAUUUUUGAGGCUACCUCAUAUUACUCAAUAAUGUGAUAAAAAAAACUAACUCUGCGUGUGCGUUUUUAUUUUAAAACAUGUAUGGUAUGGUACAAAAAAAUUUGCUUUAUAUAACAGUACAAACCGGUUAUGUUAAUUGUGAGUCUAUUUAUUUUUAUUGUUGUCUUAUUUGUUAUCUGACUGUAUGUAGAGAAAACUGACACAUUAUUAUACAGGGUGGGCAGGGAAAUUCAUUUCUUGAAAAGAACAUCAUCCAGGUGUGCACCAUCGCGCCGCAAACGUUCCUCGAAUCUAGAUCACAAAUUUUAGUCUUCAAUUGAUUAAGCGUGGCUGGAUUAUUGAAUUAGACUCUACUUUUCAGGUAUCCCCACAUAUAAAAAUCCAGUGGUGUUAGGUCCGGACUUCUAGGCGGCCAUGCAAUGUCACCUCUGCGAGAUAUCAUGUGGUUUACGACCGCCAAAGAGGCAUUAGAAAUAUAACAUGUCGCACCAUCUUGUUGAAACCAUGUCGUACGAUUAUAAGCUUCAAAUUGUUGCAACAUGGCUAUGUAUCGUUCAGGAUGUACAGUGACAGAUUGGCCCUGUUGAUUUUGAAAGAAAUAGGGUUCGAUAAUUCCGUGUUGCUGAUAUGGACGCCCAAACGGUUACUUUCAGCAAAUGCUAAGGCUUUUGAGGUUUUGCACGUCGGUUCUCUGCAGCCCAGUAACGGCAAUUCUGUCUAUUGACAUGUCCAUUUAAGUGAAAAUGGGUUUCGUCAGAGAACAGAAUAUUCUAACAAAAGCUCGUUUUAAAAUUAAAUAAUUUGGCUGUAAUUCCCUAAGUUGAAUUUUAUACUGGUGCAAUUUCAUGUUCUUUCGACAGAAUGCGACGCAAAGAUGUUUUGGAUACCACAAGUUGAUCGAUAGACCAAGAUUACUGAAGCUCUAACUGUGUCUUCUGUUCUUAUUGAUCUUGGGCGUCCCGUAGGCUUCUGAUUCAGAGUCGAACCAGUAGCUUCGAACUUUCUGACCCAGGUUCGAAUUACACUUUCCUUCAGACACUGAUUUAUGUUAUGUAAUCCAAACUCACGUCGAAACAAACGCCAAAUAAUAGAUUGCAGAAUGCACGUUGUACUCCGGUGAAGUGAUCCCUACCAAACGCGCAGCUCCCUCUCAUAACGUUCAAACGCAAGAGAGUUUGUUAAAUCGUAAGCCUUUCUGGCCCACCCUGUAUCAAUAAUUUCUAUUUGAUUCCUAUUUAACUUGUAGCGUGAUGUGUAUUUUUGUAAUUACUGACUUAUGAUACUCAAAGUAUGCCAAAUUGAAAAAAAUCAUCAUAUUUCAAUAUGAUUUUCAAUUUUCUUACAAAUUAGUAUAAAACAACUAUAUUAAGCUUUUUAUAAUUAUUUUUCAACAUUAUUUAUAGAUAAUAAAAGCUUAGCCAUUAG